AUGACUUGGGAAGACGUGGUUAGCAAGUUUCACAGGUCGCACAGCCCAGCUGUUCAGGAUAUUGCUCCCUCCCUCGCUGCCGCUGGCCGGCCUCUCAGUCCCGCAACUCCUCUCAACGCUGUCCAGCCCAUGUUCACUCAUGACCCCCAGGAGAUGGAGAUUGAUGCUGGUAAUACUACGCCUAGCCAUCAUCACCAGCCUGGUCGUCCACCGCUUAGUGAAGCCCGCAUCCGCACUCCGCUGCCGACUGGCCCCAGGCUGGAGAAGUCGCUGUCUUUGCCGGGAAUUGAGAGCCUCAAAAACGACAUUCAAAGCAACGCCGCGCGCAUGUUGUCUGCCACUACCCGCGGCCGGUACAACUCGGUGCAGGCUCUGUUGUUAUUUUGGCAAGAGGACGAUGAGGCACUGUUGGUCCAGAGUGCAGUCAGAGAGCUAGCUGACGUCUUUGACAAGUACUAUCACUAUACGUUUCAAAUUCAAACUAUCCCCUCCUCUUCAGAAAGCUGUAAAAGCUCAUGGAGGUGGCUGUCGCGAAAACUCAACGACUUUGCUGAGGAGCGCGAUCAGCGUGACGUUUUGAAGAUCGUUUAUUACAUAGGCCAUACUUAUCUCGACGCGAGCCGUGAUAUGGUUUUGGCAAGCUCAAAAGAUCCUGAAAGGGCCUCGACAAUCCGCUGGAGCGGCAUUCAACAAAUUCUCGAGGAAGCCUGCUCGGAUACUCUCAUCAUUAUGGAUGCCGCAUACUAUCCCCCAGCUAGAAUCGUACGACAGCAAGGCGUACUUGAAAUCAUUGCGGCUUCCUUAUCGGAAGAUCACCUUACAGCUCUUGAUCGUUGUGCAUUUACUCUGGCUCUCGCCGAGCAGCUACGCACGCGCGCAGCCCGCCAGACGCCACUCUCUGUAGUAGAGCUGCACUCUAUUCUUAUGGCUCUCUACCCUAAGAUGGCGCGAGACCGAACGCCCGAGAGAGAGAUGAUAACGAGCUUCCCCUCCCCGCUGCACACGAUGAUGUCCGGAAAUUCGAGGCUACCUUCGAUAUUUCUCUCACCCGUUCAGCAAAGCAGCCCGUUACGAAGCAGCUUUUCCUACGAAAACAGCCCACAGCUACACUUGGCUAUCAAGCUAAACGAUGACAACAUUGACAUCGACAGUUGGAACGAGUGGCUGCGUAUGAUGCCUGAAGGAAUCAAGGACAUCAAAGUUGACGGUCCAUUCCGGACAACUUUUAGGUAG